AUUGACAAAAAGCAAUUGGCCAGUCAAGUAUCACUAUGAUUCUAGCACCGGGACUCUGCUGUGCAUGACACAGUACGAUAGUGCGAUAUACCUAACUAUACCAAACACGACAAUCGAUAGACGACCACAGAGCAAGCACAGGACCAGAGAAUAGAAAAGAUGGAGCAGUCUACCAGCGAUGAAUCUUCUAGGUCACAGCUGCCUCCAGUCUUUCUUCUCAAGACACCCUCGACCCCGCGAGAUUUGUACGAGGAGUACUUUCGCAAUAAUACUUUCGCCAUCCGACAACAGCAACAAACGGAGUCUUCGGUUGAUGACGAUAUCGCAGAUGAUGAUCUCGAGAAGGUAAAAUAUGAUCCAAUAUUUGUGCCUGUGCUAUCACAUCGAUUCCAUCCAGAGAAUUCGGAAAUUGUCAAGUCCUAUUUCAUGCCUACGACGGCGGUCAACAAGGGUGAUGGGAAACCCCUGAACAAUGCUUUUUUGGGGCAAGGAAAGAAAUACGGUGGAAUCAUAUUCACUAGUCAAAGGGCAGUGGAAGCAAUGGGGCAUAUAUUAGAGCAUGAGGGUAUACCAACUAAAAUAACAACCUCCACCUCAAAAGAUCUGAUUCUAUACACUGUCGGACCAGCGACAACCCGCACCCUGACUCCCAUUCGCGAUAAAUAUCUACCGUUCGCCACGAUAUACGGUGACGAAGCCGGGAAUGGUGAAGAUCUGGCACAUCUGAUACUCGAACAUUAUAACAGCUGCUAUCCAUCAACAGCAGAAACGCACAGCCAAAAACCGGGACUACUAUUCCUAGUUGGCGAACAGAGACGAGACAUUAUACCUAAAACACUCAUGAGUGAAGACCUGGAUGAGAGUCAACAAAUUAAUGUUGAUGAACUGGUGGUUUAUGAAACGACUCAAAUGGAAGGGUUUGAAACCACAUUACAGGAUGUCGUUCGCAAGGGAGAGGAGCUGGUGAAGGAUGUUCGAAUACCUCUAUGGACAGUUAUAUUUUCCCCUACUGGCUGCAACGCUGUUCUACGGACAUUGAAUAUUCUCGACGAAAAUAACAACACGAUCAACGACUCUAGGAGAAAUUGCCGAAUAAUUACUAUUGGUCCCACGACUAGAGAUCAUCUGAUUACGAAAUAUAGCUUUGAGCCGGAUGUAGUCGCUCAAAAACCGACUCCGGAGGGGAUUGGUGAAGGGAUUAGGGAGUAUCUGUUGGCGAUGAAGCUGUAAUUUGGACUCUAUAUUCCUGUACACAUUAUUGUUUAGGCUCGUGUAGCAUUGCUUUUUCUACGUUCAGGUGGCGUCCUUACAUCAAAGCUCUCCUUUAUUUU